AUGGGAAGACAUGUCUUUCUUCGUAUUGUGGACAAUGUUUCAAAUUUUGAUCCAUACUUCCAACAGAGGAUUGAUGCAAUGGGAAGAAAAGGUUUAUCACCUUUACAGAAAUGUACUGCAGCAAUGCGUAUGUUGGCAUAUGGUGUAUCUGCUGACGCUGUUGAUGAUUACGUUCGUAUUGGAGAGAGUACUGCAGUUGAAGGCUUGAAAAAAUUCAUCUCAAAUGUAGUUACAAUAUUUGAGGGUGAAUACCUACGAAAGCCGAACUCGAAUGACAUGCAACGUCUACUGCAGAUGGGUGAGGCUCGUGGCUUUCCUAGUAUGAUGGGCAGCAUUGAUUGCAUGCAUUGGCAAUGGAAAAAUUGUCCAAAGGCAUGGAAGGGAAUGUUCAUGAGUGGUCAUAAAGGAGUUGCAACAAUUAUAGUUGAAGCGGUUGCUUCAUCCGAUCUUUGGAUAUGGCAUGCAUUUUUUGGAGCUGCUGGAUCUAAUAAUGACAUAAAUGUUUUAGAUCGGUCACUAGUAUUUGAUGAUGUACUACAAGGUUGUGCUCCAGAGAUAAAUUAUACUAUCAAUGGAAACAAUUAUAAUAUGGGAUAUUACUUAACGGAUGGAAUAUAUCCUGAGUGGGCAACGUUUGUUAAAAUGAUACCUCAUCCACAAGGUGAGAAAAGAAAAUUGUUUUCAAAAUAUCAAGAAAGCCAGAGAAAAGACGUUGAACGCGCGUUUGGUGUGCUACAGUCCCGUUUUGCAAUUGUUCGUGGUCCAGCACGCUUUUGGGACAAAGAAGAUCUUGGGAGAAUCAUGAGAGCAUGCAUCAUACUUCAUAAUAUGAUUGUUGAAGACGAAAGGGACACAUAUGCCACUCAAUUUGGUCAAUUACCAACUUAUGAUGAUGCAACAAAUGGUUUAUUAGAACCAAAUUUAGGCGAAGAACCUUCAGUCCCGUAUGAAACGUAUAUUCAAAACAGUAUGCAGAUGCGUGAUAGACGGGCACAUCGUCAAUUACAAAAUGACUUGGUUGAGCAUAUCUCGCAGUUCCACGAGAAUCGUUAA